AUGUCAAAAUAUUUGGUUGAUUUGAGAGUAGCAUUAUUUCAAUUGAAUCCACAAGUAGGUCAAUUGGAACAGAACAUCGAAAGAACAUGGAACCUGGUCCAUAGACUCAAAUCGAUUUUGGAUCAAGACUCAUCGAAGUACCCGCAACUGGUAGUCUUUCCUGAAUUUGCACUCACUGGCUACUCCUUCCACUCCAAAGAACAAAUCAAACCCCAUGUCUCGAUCACACGCAACAGUCAAUCCUUCAAAUUUGCACAGAGUGUCUCUAAAUUGUUUCGGUGCUACACAGUGAUAGGAUACCCUGAGGAGUCGAUGGAUGCGAACAAGCACGGUAGACAAGUUGAGUCUGUCCUCUACAAUAGUGCUUUAGUCACUGAUCCCAGUGGGGAUCUCACUUUCAAUUACAGAAAGUCUUUUCUCUAUGAUACCGAAUACGAAUGGGGUUGUCAAGAGAAUCCUCAGUCCUUCCAGAAAUUCACUAUGGUUUUUGAAAAAUGUGCAAUAGAGAAAAAUGGAACCGUUGCUGCUGCUGCUGAUAUUGAAUUGGAUACGUCUAUUGGGAUCUGUAUGGAUUUGAACCCUUAUAAAUUCGAGGCACCGUUCAACGAUUUUGAGUUUUCUAGUUUCUGUCUCGAUAAUAACGUAGAUUUGAUGAUAUGCCCCAUGGCAUGGCUACAUUCCAAAUCGAUCACGAAACAUGACCAUGACUUAGAUACGAUCAAUCGGAAAUUGGAAAGUAUACGAAGGUCACUGGAUACUUUGCAAUUACCUAUACAUGGGUCACAAGGUGUAUUCCAGAUUGAUAUAAACAAGGAGCUCUGCACACAGAGGAGGAUAUCCAGAGAGGACCCACUCUUGUCUGAUUCUCAGUAUGACCAGUUGGAGACACCGGAUAUGGAAAAUGUAAAUUAUUGGAUCCUAAGGUUCCUACCAUUCCUAAAUCUAAAUAUCCGCAAAAGUUUGUGGUAUAGACAGUUUAUCCAGCUGAAUGAAAGUCUGGUUGGUCGCGAAAGAUCAUAUAUGGGCAUGUCCAAGGAGAAAAGCUGGAAAUUUGAGGGCCGAAAUAGUGUGUUGUUGCUAUGUAACAGAUGUGGGAUAGAAGAUGAUGGGAAAACUAUAUUUGCUGGAAGUUCAGGUAUAUAUAAAUUCAAUGGCAAAACAGCACGGUUAGACAAUGAUUACGAGACAAACAUCGACUCACUGAAUGAGAGUGUGGAUUUGCUAGGCAAUUUAGGCAAGGGGCUAGAAGGUGUGAUUAUGCGUGAUAUCGAAUUCGAAGUAAGUAAGUAA